UAAAUGAGACACGUAUUAUCAUAUAAAAUAAUACCCAAACGGAACCUAAAAAAUGGUCAGUUGAAUAUAUCCAGUCGCAAAAAAAAAAGAAUAUAUCCAGUAGAGUUUAGCCCAAGUCAAACGUAUAUAUCUUAUCUGGCCACGAGACGGUUGCUCCCCACCGCUUAGCAGUUAGCACGCCUCGUCAAAUCAAAUAACUAACCGUCCCAAGAACUUGAGAAGACCUCGCUGCACCCAAUCCCAACCCCUGAACCCUGCCCCCUGCCCCCCACUCUCCUCGGGAUCGCCUUCUCCUCGCAGCCCGGCCGGCGAUGGGUGGAGGGAUGGCAGCAGACCUGACGCACGGGGCGGUGGCGGCGCUGGUGUCGGGGCUGGGGCAGGUGAUGGGCGCCGUGCUGCAGGUUGUGGGCGCGCCGGGGCCAGCGCCGGCGGGAACCGUGGCCGGCACGGGGCAGUUCGGCCUCGUGCUCUCCGACGGCGUGCACUCGCUGGAGGCGGUGCUGGACGUCACCAUGGACGUCACCAUGGACGGCCUCGUCACCGCCGGCCUCCUCCGCGCCGGCUCCGUUGUCCGAGUCCUCGACUACCGCUACAGCUAUGCCACGAACCGAAGGGCCUUCGUUGUUUUCCAGUUCGAGAUACUGCAAGCUGAGUGCACGCUGAUCGGGAGUCCCACAAUUUAUGAGGUCAGUGACGCCGCUCAGCCGAAGAACGGAUGCUAUUCUGAUAGACUGGGCAUAUAUAGGCCUGACAUGAUCUCAAAGGUUCAGCAAGGUGUUACCAACAUAGCAUGUUCUCGUGAUCAAGGCUUGGCAGGUUCCUCUCGUGCUCCAAGGGUAGAGCAUGCUGUGAACAAUCUGCAUGGAUUUUAUGAUUUAGUGUCAGCCCAGAACACAAUAGAUGCCAAUAUGCAGCAGCUUUCACUGAGGAAUCAAGGCCAAGGGCUCGCGGCUCCUCCGACAAACUGGGAAGGCUUCGACUGUACCGGCAAUACAUACCAAACCAUUGCACAGAUCAAGGAUGAGAACUUUAGGAUGUCCAGUCAACCUGACUUGAUCACGGUUGUGGCUGCAGUUUCACAUGUAGACAGUGGUGCCUUCUGCUACCCAUCUUGCGCCUUGAUGUUCGACGGUGAGAAAUGCAAUAACAAGCUGAAAGUUGAUGGUGAUGGGUAGUGGUGCACGAGAUGCCUCUGGAGGUCCCAGACCUGCGAGUACCGGUACAUGCUGAACUGCCAAAUCAGUGACCAUACUGGUUCAACCAAUGCUACAGUCUUGCAAGAGGCUGCCGAGGAAAUAAUUGGCCACACAGCACAAGAACUCCUCAUGAUAAAAGAUGUCGAGAAAGACGGUGUAAAAUUUGAGGAAAUCAUGCAGGGGAUCCUUUGGCGUCAGUAUGUACUUAAGCUGAGAGUCGAGGGGCAUGGUGUGAUAACGAAACGCAGCAUAGUUGAGGCUGAGAAGUUGGAGUCACCGUAUACGAGCCAUCUCCUAGGGGUGAUCGGCAACCUGUUAAAGAGUGAUUCGUCCUCAACUCCAUGGGUGCAAUGUGGCGUGGCCCCAACCGCCCGUCGUCCCACAAAUCUGAAGGCACAACACACUUUUGGAACUUCCAACAACUCCUAUGGCAGCAUGAGGAGCACCAGGGGCGCAAGCUAUCUACACUCCGCCGAUCAGCUUCCGCAUUUCUCUACUCCACCAUCAGCCUAUGGCAGCAUGAUGAGCACGGGUGGCGCAAGCUAUCAGCACACGUCAGAUCAGCUUCCACAUAUCUCUACUCCACCAUCAGCCUAUGGCAGCAUGAUGAGCAUGGGUGUGGUGCGACCUAUCGGCACAUGGCAGCUUCCACAGAUGUCUACCCCACCAUCAGCCUAUGGCAGCAUGAUGAGCACCGGUGACGCAAGCUAUUGGCCUUGGGAAGGUUAUCUUCCAUAGAUUCCUGCUCCACUGUUAGGAACAAGAAUCAUGUAGGAGGAGCUAAUAUUUCGGAUGGAACAGGCGCAGCAAGGGAUGGCUCAACGAUGAUCCACUGCAACGAGGCAGCCUCGCGUCGGAGGCUGCCAGACAACUCUGCUUGUCAGCUUAGUUAUAUUUAUAUAUGAACAUAUGAAGUUUGCUUUGAGUGGUGCUAGUGUGUGGAAUUUUAUUUAUGUGGACGGUGGGUAUGGGGCGAAGUGCCUCAUCCUGUUCUGGGUUUAUAUGGCCUCAGCUUCCGUGUUAUCGAACUUCUGCUAGUAACUUGAGUAACAUCAAGCUAUCGUUUUGAUCAGUGUGUGCCUUUUAUGCUCG